UCGCUGGCUGUCAGUAGCUUCUAGCUAGAUCCAGUCAACACUACCGCGUCCUGUUAGUGCAUCAUGGAUACUGUCGUGUGUCGCGUGUGUCUCGCCCUCACCCUCCUGGGGGCAGUCACAUCCUCCGCCAUCCCGAUGUGGGAGUUCCUCUCUAGGGAAGAAAAGAUGAGUCACCUGUUCAACAUGUUCGCCAAGCAAGUGACAGAACACUGCGACUCAUCUACGAUGCCCGAUUGCAACAAGGUGCUGAUGGUAUAUGGACUGUCAAACCUAGCCAAGAUGGGUGACGAGAGUCUGGACAAGAUGGAUCCUUAUCAGCGAGGUGCCAUGGAUAUCAUUUGGGACUCAAUGAUGAAAGGCAGCUACAAGACCACAGGGCAGACUGCACACAGUGAUACUUUCCAGAACGAGCCUGUGACCAGUGACAAUCACCUAGAGGCAGCAUCCAGUAAUGUGGAGCAGUUCGCUGGAUCUCCCCACUACGUAAUGGGUCCUAUGGUGGUACGAGUUUACCCUGACGGCAGGCCGGUGCCUGGAGACGCAGCAAAGCCACUGCCCAGGGAUGAGGAUGCAGAGGAAUUCAUCGCCAUGAGAUCCAAACCUGUGCCCACCAUGGUGGAACUGCUGAGUCACAAGCAACCCACAGCCACCAUACGCUAACUAUAAUUUUACACAGGGUCCAAAGCUUACAGCCCUGACAAAAGAUACAGUUGCUGACUGUGAAAAGUGGACUUGUAGCUGAUUACAUGUAUCCAAGAACUGUCAUUUUGUUUUUGUACAUAGGCCUUCUCUAGUUUUAAGAAGAUAAGUAUAUUUAUUAAAACUUUAAAUCGUAAUGAAUUUCAGUUUUUUUGUUUAUAAAUACUCAAAUAAUAAACAAAAUGAUGUGGUUGAGACGGUAGGGGGUGACUUACUUUUCAGUAUAUAAACUAUUGGGAAAUUGGUAAACAUAUUUUUCAACAAGUAAAAUUUAAAAACAAGUUUAACUCUUGGUAAUUUAAUAUUAUUUUUGGACUUAUAAAAAGAUGUAUAAUUUUUAUAAUAGAUUUUGGUAACUGAAAUGUUUAAUAAUUAAUACAAAAAGCAACUGAUCAAGAAUAUCUUAAAAUAUGCAUUGUUUACGUGUGAAUAGUCCGAUUUAAAAUUGUGAUGUGAUAUAAUAUUAUACUGAUUUAGUUAUAUUUCUAUUUAAUGUUUCAGUAGUAUUGUUAGUUUUUAUUUAUUUGUAAUAUAAUGAUGUAUUUAAUUUAAAUUAUUAAAACAUUUCAUAUA